ACUCCACACUCCACCGGCCCAUUGCGCGGUACACACACCGAACGUACUCCGUCGCCGCCGCCACCGACUGCUGCGUCGUAGUGUCGUCCUCGUGACUUUUCCCCCGCGCGCGUUUCUCGUUACGUCGCCGUCGCCGUCACAUAUCGUCAGUAGUCAGUACUCAGUUGCGGCGCAAUUAGUGUGCACUCGUGAAGCUCGCGUUCCGUAGCGUAUUUCUGUCUGGUGUGUGUGGUUCUACAUCCGCGAUUUUAUUUUGUUAUUAUAAUGUGUACAUGUAUGCAGUUCAACAUAUUUUAAACACAUACACCGCGUAUAAUAUGUAUACGAUGCGUACAUAAUUAAUAUAAUUAUUACUUUCCGUCUUUGAACAAUAGAAGCGAUUUUUUUUUCAUUUUAAACAUUUUUAUCUUUUUUCAUUGUAAAUAUUUGUUUUCCUUCUGUGUUUAAACUCUAUCGGACUCUGGUUAAAAUACGUUAACCGGUUUCCUGUGUAAGUUUUUUUUAAUACAAGUGUAAAAAGGAAAAACGUUCAUCUUAAAAGCCAUGGAUUACGGUUUGGAGCCGCAGCAGAGGGCCAGGUCCAACACUUGGCCCUUGCCCAGACCAGACGCCGAGGAUGGCGGGCCGCAGAUACCCGAGGGUAGUCCCCCGCAGUUGUUGGACAUUGUCAACGACGUGGGUGGAAACGGUGGAGGUACUGUUGGCGGCGUGCCGUCGCCGGGGUCCGGGUUGCACCCCCCGCAACAACAGCAGGGUGGUGGUAUGGUCACCGGGCCGGUCAAGAAGACGUCCAGCCGGCGGAACGCUUGGGGUAACCAGUCGUACGCGGACCUCAUCACGCAGGCUAUCAGCUCGGUGCCGGAACAGCGUCUCACGCUGUCCCAGAUCUACGAGUGGAUGGUGCAGAACGUACCGUAUUUCAAGGACAAGGGUGACAGCAACAGUUCGGCUGGAUGGAAGAACUCUAUACGCCACAAUCUGUCACUUCACAGCCGAUUCGAGAAGAUCCAAAACGAGGGCACCGGCAAGUCGUCGUGGUGGCAGAUCAAUCACAACGCGAGCCGGACGACCGGUAAGUCCAGGCGCCGCGCCACGUCCAUGGAGACACCCAAAUUUGAGAAGAAACGUGGCCGCGUUAAGAAGGUCGUCGAGGCCAUUCGCAACGGUCUGCAUCCCGAAAACACGCCCAGUCCUAGCUCUUCGAUUUCCGAAAACUCCGACAUGAUACCCGUGUCACCCCUCAGGAAUUACCAAUUCAGUCCCGACUUCAGAGCUCGGGCUUCGUCAAACGCUUCAUCCACCGGCCGCCUGUCACCGAUAUUUAGCGAGCAGCUCACCGCCGACUACGGCCUGGACUCGGUGGCCGAACAGGGCCAAGCCGACCAGCUGGCCGGCACUUUGGCGCAGACCGUCCGCCUCUCUCAGCCGCUGCAGACGCUCGAAAGCUACAGAGACGUGUUCUUGGACAACCGUCCACCCCCGCCGCCAUACAGUAGCUUAUCGAUCCAGUCGUGUCCUAUCCACGGUUACCAAGGGUGUUCGUGUUUCAACCUCAACCAGCUCGAGAACACUUACAUAAAACAGGAGUGCAUAUCGUUCGACAACAUGUUGAACGAUCAGCAGGAUGACAACAUGGCGGCCACCGUGGUCGGACAAAUAAUGGGCUCGUCACAUCUAUCAUUCGACGAGCUCAACAUAAACUUGGACAAAUUCCCACCAGUCGAGUGCAACGUGGAUGAGGUGAUCAGCCACGAAGUCAGUCUGGGUGGCUGCUUGGACUUCAACAACUUCAAUCCACCGGCACAACCGCAACCGUCGGUAGCCACCACGCAGACUUUGGCGUCCGUCAGUCAUGACCAAUCGUCGUUCACCUCCGGACAACAUUGGGUCCAUUGAACAGUUGAUACAAAUGUCUAUGUUCUAUGGAAAAUGUUAAAGACAAGUCUAUGAAAAUGUUUUAAUUAUGUCGCCCCAUAUAAUUUAUGUUAAUUUUCGAUGUUAUAACCAUAAUAAAUAAUAUUGCAUAAAAUAUUAUUAUUAAAUUAUAUAUAUAUAUAUAAAAAGAAAAAAAUGUGUUCGUUUUUAAAGUAACAACUAUUUUAUACAUUCUACUAUACACAUAUUUGCUAUGCUAGGUUAUUAUUAUAUUUUAUUACAUGUACAUGUGGAAAUAUAUAACUUGUAUAAACCCAUAUAUAUAUAAUAUAUAAUUUGUUAACAUUAGUCUCUAAUAUUUGUUGUAGUUUUAAAAGUUCAUGUAAUACCUAAGGUUAUAUAUUGUUAUUUAGAUAAAUCAAUGUUAAAUACUUAUUCAUUAAAAAAUAUGUUUCGAGUUAGCUUGUUGUAGCUUGAGCAAUUCCAGGUGUUAACUGUAAUCAAAAAUCUUAAGUUAAAUCUUUAGUCUAAGUAUUGUAAAUAGGUUUGCUCAGCAAAAAAAAAGUUUGUAGCCCACAUCCACAUUAUUAUUAAUUUAUACGUAGAUACACAUGUUUGAUUAACAAAAAUGUCGGCUACACAAUGUAUGCAAUUCAAGGACAAUUUCCAUUUACUUACUCAGAAUCAUAUAUUUAUACUUUAUUCGAGUUAAUCUUGUUUAAUUUACUUAAACAGGCACACAUAUAUAAACGUGCAUGCAUGAUCACGUAUGAGCGUGUUUUGUAUAUAUAUUUAUAAGUAUAUUGUAUAUGUUAUCACUUAUCUUAAAGUGCUGAGUAAUAAAGACUGAUUGUCUUUGAAAUGAUUGAAUUUUUCUUUAAUUAUUAUUAUUAUUAUUUUGUUAUUGUUUAUUGUGUAAAAAAAAAAAAAA